GGACUUCCUUUAGCUUUCUCCUUCCUCUCUUGUUUCAAUGAUGAGGAGAGACCGUCUCUUCUUAGCCGCGACCCUCACAGCCAUCUUCUCCGCCGACCUCUACUUCAUCCUCCUGCCAAAGCUGCGGCGUGUGGGGCAAAGGUCGGGACACUUUUGCUUCCCAUGUGGUGACAACAACCUCACUCUUCCCAGGCACGGGGGUCUCGCCACCCCGCAGCUCUCCAACUGGACUUCUGCGGCACCCUUGGAUGGUACCACACCUGAACCCACUGAUUGGGGCUCAAAGCUGGGGAGGCUGUUUGCUCACCCUCUGUACAACAUCCAGACUCCGGCGCUUGGGCUGGAGGAGAGGCUGCUGCAGGUGGAGCAGCUGAUGGAGUACUACAAGAGGAAGGUGUCACGCUGGGAAAGACAUAUGAAGCUUUACAGCGAGGCAGCGGCUAUAUCCAACGUCAGUGUGACUGAACAUGAGGUGACCUUUGACCCCGACGCAAGCUGGCUGAAGUUCCACCUGGGAAUAAGCCGCUAUGCUUUGUACUCCCGCGAUGACCCCGCUGUCCCACAACUCCUCAAGGACAUGCAGAGCAUGACGGUCGUCAGCUCAGAUUACACUCAAGAUGAGAAGGCCCUAAAAGGAGCAUGUGAUUGCACCCAAGUUGUGAAGCCAAGCGGACAUCACCUGAAACUGGCUCUGAAGAUGCAAAACUUCGCCAAAGCCAUGUUCAAACCAAUGAGGCAGCAGAGGGACGAGGAGACUCCAGAAGACUUCUUCUACUUUGUUGAUUUCCAGAGACACAAUGCAGAGAUUGCAGCCUUUCACCUGGACAGGGUCCUGGACUUCCGGAGAGUCCCGCCGGUGGCUGGCAGACUGGUGAACGUCACAGGAGAAGUCCUCCAAGUCACCCACAACGAAGACCUACGAGCCGUCUUCUUCACCUCGCCAGCGAACAACACGUGUUUCUUUGCCAAGUGUCUGUACGUGUGUAAGACGGAGUACGCGGUGUGCGGGGGCCCCGACCUGCUGGAGGGCUCCUUGUCAGCCUACUUACCCGGCCUCAGCAUCGCUCCACGCAUCUCUAUCCCCAACCCCUGGAUCCGCUCCUACACCUUCACCGGACGAGAAGAGUGGGAAGUGAAUCCGUUCUACUGUGACACCAUAAAGCAGCUGUAUCCCUACAACUCAGGCAACAGGCUCCUCAACAUCAUAGACAUGUCCAUCUUUGACUUCCUCACAAGCAACAUGGACAGACACCACUACGAGAUUUUUACUAAAUUUGGGGACGAAGGGUUCCUUCUCCACUUGGACAAUGCCAGAGGGUUUGGGAAGCACUCUCAAGAUGAGAUGUCCAUCCUGGCUCCACUAACUCAGUGCUGCAUGAUAAAGCGCUCCACACUGUCUCGGCUCCAGCUCCUGGCCCGACCAGAGUUCAGACUCAGCGAUGUGAUGAGGGAGUCCCUGGAGGGAGACCCUUUACAGCCGAUCCUGACAGAGCCCCACCUCUCGGCGCUGGACCGCAGGCUACAGAAGGUCCUCCGAGCGGUCCAGCGCUGUGUCCGGAGGCUGGGCGAAGACGAUGUGAUCGCCAAGGACUUUGUCAAAUCCACAGAGAGACCUCAGACCGCCACAGAGAUGGAGAAGGUCAGGUAACACAGGGUCAAAGGGUCAUCGGUCCUCUUUGUAUAUAUAGCUGCUCAUUUGCACCACAUGAAGACUUCAAGAUGAAGUUUGCAGUGAGCAAAACAAGGAUCAGAUGGGUUUUAAGGAACAUGAAGCCAUAAAUGGAAGAAGACGCUGUUGAAAUCUUCUGAGUAAUCUCAUUGUGGAGGUUGAAUCACUGCUGGUCUCAGAUUCCUAUCACAGAGGGAGCCGUACCUUUUAUUUCCUUUUGUUUCUCUCAUGGUCAUAAAUUCCCCCAAGGGUGCAUUUUAUGACAGGGCUCUCACUUUUUUAUGUCCACCUACACCAUCAGGUUAGGUUUAGAGUUGAUGCAUUUAAAUUAAGACCUUUUAAGGAACAAUUAAACACCAAAAAAAUAGUAAACGUAUCAAGGAUUACAGGAGAUUUCUUUGAUACAUGAAGCGUGUGUCACACACACAUCAAAACCAGCAUUAAUAUUCAUAAGAGAGAGCUGUGAUGCACUGGAUCAGUUGUUUAUCGAAUUAAUGUGGUGAAUAUUAAAGAUUUAUGUGUCCAUGUGAUGUUAUAAUUAUAAAAUAAAGUUAUUUUGAAGAGAAAUUAUCACCUGCAA